AGAAGCGAUUUUCUCUAUACAUUCUGAUGUGUAGACGAUAACGAACGAUCGAAACAGGAUCGGAAUACCACCGACAUCUUAUUUAAAAACCCGAUCUUUUGAUUGUUUGCCUUUAUUCAGGAGGUAAAUAUUAUUUUAUGAAAAGGCGCGGCCAAUAAAUUCUACAACAGAACCUAGUAACCGGCUACGGAUAGGAAACAGAAAAACAGAUAUUAAUUAAUUUUAUCUAUAUAUAUCGAGGAAUUAGUAUGUUGUACAGAUUAAACUGAUUUUAAUACCGGCUUCUACAACAAUAAUUAACUAUCCAUCUCCCCUUUUAGAUUGUACUUGGUGUGUAUAAAUACUUUUACGUCAUAUAUUUAAUCUCUUCUUAGUGUGUAGUCACUAGAAGAGUGCUGAUCUUCAUUCGAUCAACUCAACAAUAUCUCUAUGUUUUAAAAGUAGGCGAACUAUAGAAUUGUUAUUGUUUAUGUCGUAGGCUACUAUAAGUUUGAAAAACGAUACUCUUAUAUCUGCGUAGUUGAACCAUUUUCUUUAAACUUUGUCUCUCUCUCUCUGUUAUUGAGAUAAAAACAAAGGAAUUACAAAGAAAUUUCUACUUAAAAAAGAAAAAUACAGAGAACUAUUUCGUAAUGUUUGGAAUUUUUUUUUUCGUUUUUAAUAGAGCCUGGGCCUUCAACUAUUAAUAUUUUGCUUACUUAACGGAAAUCUGACCUAGAAUAAUGACAGAAUCUCUCAAUCAAUGCAAUACUCUGGGUCUUCUGAUUUAUGUAAUGCUCACUUGGGUCUGCUAUCAUAUCGUUCCUUCAAUAACGGGUGUAGAAGCUGUAUUUCCAAAUCCCGAUAUGGACAUACAAACUCUGAAAGACUUAGCUAAUGGAAAAUUGGGUAUAAAAACAACCGAUAUAAAAGAAAAGGAAAUAAAUGUUACUGAGGGCCAAAGUGUUACGUUAAACUGCUCCUUGAAACUUUUACCUGAUUCAAGCAUGAAUGGCGUACCUAUGUGGAUGGAAUCGAACAUGAAUUCAAUUAUUGCUCAUAAUCGAACAAUUGACUUUUUGAAUAGAGGUAGAAUGGAGAUACGUGGAAAUCAUUCUCUUCUUCAAUAUAAUCUUCAUAUAAAGAGAACUAUUUUUCCAAAUGAUAAUGGUAUUUGGUAUUGCACGACUUUUAGCGGCACAAGAUCUUCUAUAAAAGUGAAUGUACACGUUCCACCGGCAGUUAAGGUACCAAAUCUCUUUCCGAGACAUGGCAAAGUUACUAAUCCAAGUCUAGUUCGAAGUUUUACUUGUUCAGCUCCAUAUGCAAUGCCUCCAGUCAUGUUACGAUGGGAGGCCACAUCAGCAGACACUCCAAAUGACUCAUAUGUUCCCAUUCCAAUGGAUGCAUUUGCCAAGUCCGAUUAUACAAUGGCCUCUGUUACCCACCUGUUUGUCACUUCAAAAGCUAACAAUUCCCGAUUCCGUUGCGUAGCUACCCACCCAACUUUCAAUGGCAAGAAACAUGUUUCAGCAUUACAUUUCGUUCUGGAUGUACGUCCAGAAGAUAUGCCUGAAAUACCUGACCAAGACGAUAUCUUCCCUGAACUAAGUGGCUUGCAUCCACGCGAUGUUCCUCUGGUUAUUUUUGGAGCGAUUAUGGGGGGAGUUUUUGUCGUAGCUCUAGUUUGUUUUGCAAGCCAAAGAAAAAACUUAGAAUUGGACGUUCAUAUCCCUUCGAGGGAAGAGGAGAAAUCUGUUAAAGUGCAUGUAACUGAAACGAAUCAUAACAUAAAUGAGAAUCAUUGCAAUAAAAAGAAUGGGUAUACCAAAGGAAAGAAUGGCUUUAAUCAUAAUAUAGACUAUAAUAAAACAGUUACUGCUGAUGAUAAUGAUAAUAAAAAUUUGACAGAAAAAUUGGUGGAGAAAAAGGAAACGUCAGAGACGCGCUUGUAUCCGCAAAAGAGGGAAUCUCCAAGACGCCAUGUCGUAUUCCAGAUGAUUAUUAUUACUGUAUUACUCUUUGUACUAUUUAUCGCCCAGAGCUUACAGUUACCUUUUUACAUUCGUGGGAGGAUACCGACAAUAAUAUCUGUCAAGCAGUUUUUGACCGCCACUGCUGGUUCCGUUUUAUGGUUGGAUUGUACAGAUUUAUUGGAGAACUCGACUGAUGGUUUAUUACAAGUCUCGUGGCGUCAUAAUUUCCAGCCUAUAUAUGUUCAGUUCUCUUCAAGCUUUACUAAAGGCGGUUUUUCUGCGCCAUCGCCAGCCGGAAGACGUUUUGCAAACAGUAUUCGACAUCAGCGAUUAGGUGCCAUUUCCCUGCACCCAACAAUUGUUAAUCAUACAGGUGUAUUCUCUUGCGAAGUAGCCAGACUUGUUGAAGAUGACGGCGAAACUGUUGUACUACUUAAAACAAUGGCUGCCUACAUUGUUGACAGUGAAUUGCCUCAUAACUUGCCUCUCCUAACUUGCAUUCUUGUUGGCGUUGGUGCAACGUUUGGUCUGAUUGCUCUGGCUUUAACUUACACACUAAGAUUUAGAACAACUGACAAAGUAGCAAGUGGAAAGCUUGAAGAAGAAAAUGAUGAUGUAGCAGAUCGAAGCAGAGCUCUUGAACCAGAACGUAACGUUUGA